AACAAUCAACGUCCUCAUUUGCUAACUUUCAACUUCCAUUUCGGGCUCUCUCUCUCCUCUGUGGAAAAACGCGGAGAUCUCCCACUUUCUCUCUCUACAUACGCGCAAAUAUUAUAUUGCCACUGUCCACACGUUCCUUUCACAAUGAUGUCGUUGAAUCGAUGCAAAUUUCUGAGACGAGUUUUGGGUGUGGGUGGAGGACAGAGUGUAGAGAGAGAGAUUACGAUUGUGACGGAGAGUACAUUGAAGGAGAUGAGGAACGGUGAUUUAGUGGCUGCUAAUGGUGUUGCUGGUGGCGUUCGGGACGCGUACGGUGAGGAUAGUGCCACGGAGGAUCAGCUUGUGACCCCAUGGACUGUCUCUGUUGCUAGUGGGUAUACUUUGCUGCGUGACCCACGCCACAACAAAGGGCUUGCCUUCUCUGAGAGAGAGAGAGAUGCCCAUUACUUGCGUGGGCUUCUGCCCCCAAUUGUUGUGUCUCAGGAGCUUCAGGAGAGGAAAGUGAUGCACAAUCUCCGUAACUAUACCGUUCCACUGCAAAGAUAUGUGGCCAUGAUGGAUCUUCAGGAAAGAAAUGAAAGGUUGUUUUACAAGCUUCUCAUUGAUAAUGUUGAAGAACUGCUUCCAGUCGUGUACACUCCAACGGUUGGUGAGGCUUGUCAAAAAUAUGGGAGCAUUUUCAGGCGUCCUCAGGGUCUUUAUAUCAGUUUGAAUGAGAAGGGAAAGAUUCUUGAAGUGUUGAAAAACUGGCCUGAGAAGAAUAUUCAAGUUAUUGUCGUAACUGAUGGGGAACGGAUUCUGGGGCUUGGGGAUCUUGGUUGCCAUGGAAUGGGGAUCCCAGUUGGAAAACUUGCUCUAUACACAGCACUUGGAGGAGUCCGUCCUUCAGCAUGCUUGCCUAUAACUAUCGAUGUUGGCACAAACAAUGAGAAGUUGCUGAACGAUGAUUUCUACAUUGGGCUCAGGCAAAGGAGGGCAACUGGGGAGGAAUAUUCCGAGCUUCUGGAAGAGUUUAUGAGUGCAGUUAAGCAGAACUAUGGGGAGAAAAUCCUCGUACAGUUUGAGGAUUUUGCUAACCACAAUGCAUUUGAGCUGCUGUCAAAAUACCGCACAAGGCAUCUUGUGUUUAAUGAUGAUAUACAGGGUACAGCAUCUGUGGUAUUAUCAGGGCUUGUUGCAGCUCUGAGAUUAGUUGGUGGAACCUUGGCUGACCAUAAAUUCUUGUUCCUGGGUGCUGGGGAGGCUGGAACUGGUAUAGCAGAGCUUAUAGCUCUUGAGAUAUCAAAUAAGACAAAGUCUCCAUUGGAAGAGACUCGCAAGAAGAUUUGGCUUGUGGACUCAAAGGGACUGAUUGUCAGCUCACGUAAGGAGUCCCUUCAACACUUCAAGAAGCCCUUUGCUCAUGUGCAUGAACCUGUUAACAGCCUCUUAGAAGCCGUCAAGGCAAUAAAGCCAACAGUGUUGAUUGGAACCUCUGGAGUUGGAAAAACAUUUACGAAGGAAGUUGUGGAAACCAUGGCAUCCUUGAAUGAGAAACCUCUCAUUCUUGCUCUCUCCAAUCCAACCUCACAAUCUGAGUGUACGGCUGAAGAAGCUUAUACAUGGACCGAGGGUCGUGCAAUCUUUGCUAGUGGAAGUCCAUUUGAUCCCGUGGAAUACGAUGGGAAAGUUUUUGUGCCUGGCCAGGCAAACAAUGCUUACAUAUUCCCCGGAUUUGGUUUGGGUUUAAUCAUGUCUGGUACAAUUCGGGUGCACGAUGAUUUGCUUUUGGCAGCCUCGGAGGCUUUGGCAGAUCAAGUAUCGGAGGAAGACUACGAAAAGGGAUUAAUCUACCCACCAUUCUCCAAUAUCCGAAAGAUAUCAGCCCACAUUGCUGCUAAUGUAGCUGCUAAGGCAUAUGACCUCGGUCUGGCUUCUCGACUCCCUCGACCCGAGAAUCUUGUUCAGUUUGCAGAGAGUUGCAUGUACAGCCCAGUCUACCGCACCUAUCGUUGAGCAAGGAUCACGUUCGUUUGCUUUUUAGCGUUCUCACCCUUACCACAUAUAUUUAGAAUAAAUUUUAUGAUUGACAUGUGUUAACACCAAUAAACAGCUACAAGUUUAUUAAUAAACAGAAUUCACUUUCAGUUAGAGAAUUGUGUACCAAAAGUUGUUGAUUUCUAGUGCAAAGUAAAUUUUGUCCCUUCUUGUGAA